AUGUUUUAAUAUUAAGAAUGUAUUUUUAUCAUUCAUAAUAAGAUAAGUGAACGUAUACUUCAUAGAUUACAGUUUAGUGUCGUGUUAUGAUUCAGGUGAAAUAUCAGAUAAGUAAUAGAUUACUAUAGUGGCGAUUAUUUUUAUCAGGUAAGCUUUAAUUCUAAAGUAGUGAUCUAAGGUGUUCGGGGUCAAGCAUUAUAUACUUCAAAAUGAUCCAGAUUAUUUUGUAUACAUUUUUAAUUAUUUGUGCUGAAUCUUUGACAUUAGAUGUUUCAAAUGAUUUAACAUACUGCUUUAAGUAUACUUGGGUAUCAACUGAGUCUGACACUAUACCAGAGGACAAGAAUUGUACAACACUUCCAAAUUUCCCUUGCAUGGAAGACCCAAUACCAUCACUGAUACCACCAGAUCUACAUCAAAUUUGGAAUGACAAAGAUACAACAAAAUUAUGUUCUACUACAUCUAAAGCAGAUGUAUGUAUAAAAUUUAACCUUUGGUAUAACGAUAAUAUUAUUACUACGACAGCAUUCUGUGGUAAAGUAACGGAAGAUAAGUUGAUACCCGUAACAUCAGGAUGCUAUGAACAACGAGUAAAUGGUUAUACAAUUGAAAUGUGUGCUUGUGAAUCCAGAAAAGGAAGUGAACCUUGCAACAUGUCAGCACGAACAGGAUAUUCUUUUAUCUUAACCUUUUCAGUUUUACUAGUUACAUUCAUGUUUACUUAUUAAUGUUAUCCUUAUUAUAAGAUUGCAAAUAUUUACAUAAAUACUUGUUUUGAUAAAAUGUAAACACAGAAAAAUUUAUUUUAUUUUGUCACAUACAAUUUGUGCUUAAAGGAUUUUUUUAUGCUCUAAUAUGUUAUAAAUACAUAAACAGUACAAUAAACAAUCAGAUACAGUCUGAUUAUUAUAAUUUAAAUAUGCAUAACAAUAUAAAAAUGCAUUAUGUCAAAAAACGUUCAUCUGAUAUUGUUACGCCCUUAUGAAUAAGGUUUCUAAUGUGCUUUCGACUUUUCAUCUGUAUCGAAUGUAAAUUUCAGUAUAAAAUUCAAUUAUAAAAAUCGCAAAGUUACUGCCUAUAUAAUUCCUAGAAUCACCUAUCUGAAACGUAAAGUGAAUAACAAAGUAACAUGCUUUUAAAAGUAACCAUAUACCUGUGAAGAUUUUAUUAUCUUAUAUUUAAAAUUCUCUAUGUAUAUUUGAUUUAAGUGAAACUUUAGAAAUGAGCUCUUCCGAUAAAAACAAUAUUUUUGGGAAACAUUUUUACGAUUCUUAAGUUUCUUUAUAACAUUUUCGAAGAAACUUCAAAAUACCAUCACGUUCAUGUCAUGUCACUUUAAAAACAAGCUCCUUUUUUCAAAAGGACACAUAUGUGACAUAUGGGCCACUGUUAAAAAUAUUAUUUUCAAUAUUUCUGACAAGACACGGUAUAGCAUGCAAACUAUUCUGGACACAUAUUCCGCAUUUUUGGAACCACGGAAUAUAUUGUAAACACUAUUUUCAUGUUUACAGCAUUUACAUUAUCAAUAUUCAGUAAUGCUGCCUUCACCAAAAACUACACUAAACAUACUGAGACAGUAUUUCCGUGUAGAUGCAUAUUCAUCAUUAGUAGUAGUGGAACACCCCGUGCUAUGCACGGGGAAUUAAUCAGUUAAAAUAUAAAUUUAACUUUGCCCACCAUCCAAGCUCCCCUUGCGCAGACCUAAAUCUAACAAAUAAACAUGCACAGUAAUUUUUCUACAAGGACCACUCGUAACUAUGAUGUAAUUAGAGUAUAGGAAUUAUUGAAAAUGCUGCGCAUAUAAAUACAUGGAGAAAAAAAGGAAAUAAUCUUUUAAAAAAACCGCCACAAAUGCUGUUAACAGCACCAUCUAACGCCAAACUGCUGAAAUAUGAUGAACACGUGUAAAGUACCGAUCGGAUUCUGUCGGUAAUUAAUUGAUUUACACUUCAACGGUAAUAUACCAUCAGCGAAGUUUCUAUUAUAGUUCCACGUAUCGCUGCUAGAUGGCACUGCGUCGAACCUUCAUAAAGGGAUGUUCAGAUUAGGCAGGUGCCGGUCAAAAUAGCCUAAUGUGAACGACAUUUACUUAAAGUUCCGCGUACUACUACUAGAUGGCGCUGCGGCAAACCUGCAUAAGGGUCGUUCAGAUUAGACAAGUACAUGUCAAAAUAGCGUUAUGUGAAUGACAUUUAAUACAGCGCAAGAAAGCAAUCGUCCGAUUUAUGUAUUCAUAACAUUUUCUUCAACUUUUUAGAAGCACAUUAAUUGCUACAUUAUCUUCACUCUCUCAACAGACCUUUAUUAGCUUUCUACAAGAUUCUGCAUUACAGCGUAAACUAAUAUGUACAUAUUAUUAUGAUAAUUCCGUCCUAGAAUUAAGUGUUAAU